AGAUACCUUGAACUGGCACGUCUCUUACUACCCACGUUGGCGAGGAGGGUCAGGCGGGGAUGAGGUCAUCUGUGUGACGUCAUGGUGCCCAGAGGUCACGGCCACUGCUCCUGCUAGCAUGUGUGUUGAUGCUCGUAGUCUGCCCUCCCUCAAGGUGUGGGGUGAGGCGCACCUCUACUAUGGGUGAGCGCUGGAGGGCAGGAUGGCCAGGCGCGAGGGUCAUGGGCCAGCACCCCCACCUCCUCCACCACCACCUCCUCCUCCACCUCCUCCUCCUCCCACCAACAUGGGCAUCGUCACGCUGCUAGUCCUCCUGGGUCUCCUCUCCUCAGGGGCGUGUUCUCAGUACGGCGACGCAGAACAUAUCACGGCCAUCCUGGGGGAGGCGGUGGUCCUCAACUGUCCCGUAUCACACCCCAAGGUCCCUCACAUCAUCCAGUGGAGGAGACAGUACCAGAAGAUUCCCAUAUAUAUAUGGUACGACGGCUACGACCCCCACGUGGAAGAAAACUAUAAGGGUCGGGCAUCACGGGUCUCACCAGACACAAGCUAUGGGCUGGCCUCUCUUAACCUCACCUCUGUCAGAGAGGAUGACCAAGGCUGGUACGAGUGUAAUGUCUUCUACCUCGAUCGCAGCGGCGUUGAAAAUGGUACCUGGAUACACCUUGAUGUACACGCACCUCCACGAUUUACUACAACUCCUGAUGAUGUCACUUAUGUCAAUAUUGGUGACUCCAUCAUCCUUAAUUGUGAGGCUGAAGGAACUCCAAAGCCCGAGAUUUUCUGGUUUAGGGAUGAUGAACCAGUGGAACCUUCGGAUACUGUGGGCAUCUUCAAUGAUGGCACAGAACUUCGAAUUAACAAGAUACGUGACCAGGAUAUUGGGGACUAUGUAUGUGUCUCUCGGAAUGCUGAGGGAAGAGUUCAUCAUGAAGCCAAAGUUGUAAUUGCGGGUGGGGCGGUGAUUGUAACACCCCCCCAAAACCAGACCCGACAAGAAGGCGAGAAAGUAGAAUUUCCAUGUGAAGCAAAGGCCCUUCCAGGCAAUGUGACUGUUAGCUGGAAGAGGGAAGGGGUCUCCAUCGAUAAGCUUUCCUGGUUAGACACUCGUUCCAUCAUCAGGAGAGAUGGAGCGCUUAUUAUUAAUCCAACAAGUGCAGAUGAUGGUGGCUUUUUCACCUGUGAAGUUUCCAAUGGCAUUGGAACACCUCAGAAAGCUACAGCCUAUCUUAAUGUUGAAUAUCCUGCACGUGUAACGUAUACACCAACAAUACAGUAUCUUCCCUUCAGGCAACAGGGCAUUAUCAAGUGCUUUAUCAAAAGCAAUCCACCCAUCCAGUUUGUGACUUGGAUAAAGGACAAACGGCUCUUUGAUGCUGAAAAUGAAAGCACAGUUGUCAAGCUAAAUAAUGGCUCAUUACUCAUUACAAAGGUUAACCAGUCUCACCAAGGGCGCUACAGCUGCACACCUUAUAAUCGCCAUACCACAGCUGGAUCAUCAGGUGAUAUGGAGGUACUAGUUCGUGACCCACCAGUGUUUUCCCCUCGACCUCAGCCCCAAUAUCAUGGCCAAGUAGGCGAGGAAGUAACACUUGUCUGUGGAGGCCAAGGGUCACCCACUCCGGAGGUCACAUGGAAGAGGCGAGAUGGUCAGAACUUACCACGAGAUCGCACACACAUUGUGGGUGGUAACCUUACCAUCCGAAACCUCCGCAAGAGUGACCAUGCUUACUAUGAGUGUAUGGUUAGCAAUGAGAUCGCUACCUUGGUAACAGCAACUCAGUUGCUGGUGGAGGGCACAACACCACACCCACCAUACAACAUCUCGACUGAGACCGAGCCAUUUAGUAUAACACUGUCUUGGCUGCCAGGAUAUCCAGGGGGGAAGGAUUGGGAACAACAGUACACCAUAUGGUACCGAACUCUAGGGUCACGAACAUGGGCACAAAUUGAUGUUAAGCCAUCAGGAAGUACUAGUGUUACUAUUUUCAACCUCACUCCAGACCACACAUACGAGAUUCAAGUGCAAGGCAAGAAUAUACUGGGGGACGGCAUGUUCUCUGACAUUGUGACGGCCACUACCAAAGGUAGUGGAGGUCGUGAACCGCCAUCUGGGACAAAACCGCCGACAGUUGAAACUACAACACCUGGUGUUCCCGUAUAUGAUUAUAGCAUGGUUGUGUUCCCAACUGAUUCCUCUGGCUCCACAUAUGUUCCAACGAUAUUGAACCCUGCAGGAUCGCUUCCGCUAGGCCCUCCGCCUCCACCUCCACGGAAUGUGUCGGUUAAGAAGAUAACGGAUGGGCCGGAUGGGUUCCUUAUCUCCUGGCUGCCCCCCCUUGACACGAGCAUUCCUGUCGCCUACUAUGACAUCGAGUAUCGAACAGAUGGAUCUUGGAAGAAACUAAAUGAUGAUCAUAUUAUGGGAGAAACUACUUACAGAAUCAAGAAACUUCAGUCUGGAAAGAAAUACUACUUCCGUGUCUUUUCCAAGACACUCCGCAGUUAUGCUCCAUCACCUGAAGUUUUAUUUGUUUCUCCUGUGCAGAACAAAGAAAAAGCAAUAACUGCAGCACUGGUGGGUGGCAUCCUCUUCUUUAUAGUUGCUAUCAUCCUCUCUGUUUGUACUGUCAAGAUAUGCAACAAGCACAAGAGAAGGAAGCAGGAAAAAGAACUUCAAUCACAUAUUUUCUAUGACACAGCAUAUAAUGCAGUUGCCUGUCGGGUUACUGAGUCCAGAAAUGGUGGUCACGGGUCCAGCCCUGUGCCUUUGAAAAAAAGGAAGGAGUAUGCAGGUGAAGCGAUUACUACAGAACAGAUCUAGUUGACCACCACCAUCACCACCACCAUCACCUCGUUCCCCUUUCACUAAGUUACUACGGUGCGGAAUACCAGGUUUAAGGUGGGAGUGGGCAUGGGUGGCAGGCGUACUACUUGGAGGCCGACUUCUAGAUUCCACAGACAGCAGGCCCUUAGACACUAGUGCAGCAACUCAGGAUAUUAGCAGUGGGG